AUGGCGAAACAUUUAUGUUUUCGUAUAGUUGGUGACGUUACUAACAUUUCUGAAUAUAUUAGACAACGCCAAGAUGCAAGAGGUGUGGAUGGGUUUUCAGAAAUACAAAAAUGCGUAGUUGCGGUUCGUCAAUUAGCUUACGGUUCUGUUUCUGAUUCAUGGGACAAAUAUUUUCAAAUGCUUGAGUGUGUAGCUAGGGACAGUUUAGAUGAGUUUUGCAUAUGCGUUGUCACUAUUUACGGUCCAUGGUAUUUGCGUAAACUCACUUUUACUAACGUUCAAUCAUUAUAUGUUCAUCAUGCUAGUGUUCAUGGCUUUCCUAGUAUGCUUGAAAGUUUGGAUUGUCUUCAUUGGGCUUGGGGUAGUUGUCCUAAUGCAUGGCAAUGGCAAUUUACACGGGGUGAUAAGGGGCACCCGACAGUCAUACUUGAAGUUGUUGUGUCACAUGAUCUUUGGAUUUGGCAUGUUUUUUUUGGUGCUCCCAACUCAAACAACGAUAUUAAUGUUUUAGACAUGUCGUCCAUAUUCAAUGGGUUUUGUGAUGCGUCCGCACCUAACUAUCCAUUUCAAGUGAAUGGAACGACGUACAGUUAUGGGUAUUAUCCUGUUGAUGAUAUUUACCCUGAAUUUGUUGUGUUUGUGAAAACGCUAACAUGUCUAGGUGAUCCCAAACGCAUCAAGUAUAAAACAUACCAAGAAAAGGCUAAGAAUGAUGUCGAACGAGCAUUUGGAGUCCUCAAGAAGCGUUGA